CAUUAACUCCAUCAUCUGUUUUUGAGAGAGAGAGAGAGAGAGAGAGAGAGAGAUGAAAGAGCAUCUGUUACUAUGCAGGUUGUUAUGUUCUAUCUUGCUGCUUUCGGCGCUGACUUGCAAAACAAUUGUCGAUUCCACUUCAAACGGAACUCUGCCCCCAGAAGAAGUGAAGGCUAUCAAUUCCCUAUUUAAACGCUUUCCACGGACAUCAAAGCUUGAUGAUGAUCGCAACUUCUCAGCUUCCGAUUGCAAUAAGAAGUUCACCAAUUUGGUGAUUUGCGACUGUAAUGCAGCGUGCACAGUUACAGGACUUUAUUUAUCAAGUGCUGGUUUGAAGGGAGAAAUACCAAAGGAAAUUGGAAAACUUACUUCUCUUGCUACUUUAUACUUGGCUAAUAACAAGUUUAGUAAGAUUCCAUCUUCAUUACAAAAUUUGUCCAAGCUUUCAUCUAUUCUCCUUGAUGAUAACUUUCUGGGUGGACACAUACCAACUUUCUUUAGUCAAAUGAAGUCGUUGACCAUGUUAAGCCUCACAGACAACAAUUUUGAUGGUCCAAUCCCGCCAGAAUUGGGUGCUCUUCCAUAUCUACUAGAGUUGUAUCUAGAUGGUAAUUUAUUGUCAGGACAGAUACCUUCUCAACUGGGGAACCUUUCUAACCUUAUGGCUCUGGAUUUAUCGGAUAAUGGGCUCUCGGGGGAACUUCCCGAUGAGCUAGGACAUCUCACAAAUCUUAGGCAUCUGUACCUACCAAAUAAUAAUUUUAAUGGAAAUUUGCUUCAAUCGUUUGAUCAACUUAAAAACAUGGCAUAUUUUGACAUCCGUGGGAAUAACUUCAAUGGACAAAUACCUGCUUUCAUAGCCCAAUGGAAACAUGCUAGCAAAUUGUACCUCAUGGGGAACAAUUUUGAAUGGCCUGAUAGUCAUGGAGUGUUCCAAUCAUUGAAGAACCUUGAAAUCUUGCAGCUUGCUGACAUAACUGGAAGUCCCGGACAAGACACAGAUUUCCCCAUUGUCAAUACUCAGUCAUUGAAACACCUAACACUGCGGAAUUGCUCACUUGGUGGUCAAAUCCCUGAAUUUAUUUGGCGAAGUCGAUCCCUAGAAUAUUUGGACUUAAGUUUCAACAAUCUGGUUGGUGAACUUCCAACUUUUGCAAGCGAUAAUUUGAAAUAUAUAUAUCUCAAGGGAAAUAUGCUCAACAAUUCAUCGCUGGGAUGGUUCACUAAUAUCUCAAAUUCAUCCGUGGAUAUUUCUGAAAACAAAUUCCCAAGUUUACCCUUACCAGAUAAAAGCAUUACUAAAAACUGGAACUUGUUUUCAUGCUGCUCUAAUAUAACAGACAUGCCUAUUGAAGCAUGGGGACAACAAGACUACCAUUGCGACAAUAAAAAACUAAAAUAUGAUCACCUGUACAUAAAUUGUGGCGGUGGAGUAGCAUCAAUCAAUGGAACUGAAUAUGAAGCUGAUAAUGAAACUCUUGGAGGUUCUUCGCAUUUCUUUUUGAGUCCUAAUAAAAAAUGGGGAUACAGUAGUAUGGGAAGUUUUUCUGAGUCAUACCCUGGCUGGUGGUCCCCAUCCCCAUUCCGAUCCCCAUCCCCAUCCCAAAGCAAGUACCUAAGCUAUAAAACAUGUGACCUUAACAUGUCCGAUGCAAUAUUGUACAGUACUGCGCGCAUUGCCCCCAUAUCCCUCAAGUACUAUGGAUUUUGCUUAAAAAAUGGACAUUACAUUGUGAAACUUCACUUUGCUGAAAUAGCAUGGAAUCAACAGAGAGGGCUUAAUCAGACAAAGCUUAGCAGCACAUUGAAGCGAAUUUUCAAUGUGAAAAUUCAGGACAAACAGGUAAUGACAAAUUUCAAUAUAGUAGAACAGGCUAAGGGUGUUGACCAGAGUAUCACUCAAGAGUUUGAAGUUCAUGUGAAUAACAGCCAACUAGAGAUUCACUUAUAUUGGGCUGGCAAAGGCUCUACAGGUUACCGAUUUUCACAAUAUGGUCCUUUGAUAUCUGGUAUUUCUGUACAUCGUGUGAAAGAUAAACUCUCUCCUCUAGUUAUUGCUGGGAUUGUAGCAUCUGCACUACUUAUCGUUGCAUUAGCUUUACUAUUGCUCUGGGAAUUGGGCUGCUUUCGGAAGAAAGGAUUGCAUGAUGAAGAACUUAAAGGUAUGGAGUUAUUAUCUGGCUCGUUUUUCAAUGCUCGACAAAUAAAAGCUGCCACACAAAAUUUCAGCCCUGCAAUGAAGCUAGGUGAAGGGGGUUUCGGAUCUGUCUACAAGGGUGUACUUCUGAAUGGAACUGCAAUAGCAGUUAAACAACUUUCAUCUAAAUCAGGGCAAGGGAUCCAUGAGUUUGUAAAUGAAGUAGGAACUAUUUCUGCUCUGCAACAUCCAAAUCUUGUAAAGUUACUGGGAUGCUGUGCAGAAGACAACCAACUUCUUCUUGUCUAUGAGUUCAUGGAAAAUAACUCCCUUGCGCAUGCUUUGUUUGGUCCAAAUGAGGUGAGGUCAAGACUAAAUUGGCCCACCAGAGUUCAAAUUUGUCUUGGAAUCGCAAAAGGCCUGACUUUUCUACAUGAAGAAUCCAAAUUGAAAAUUGUUCACAGGGAUAUUAAGCCAACAAACAUUCUUCUUGACAAGGAUUUUAAUGCGAAGAUAUCUGAUUUUGGAUUCGCUAAGCUUUAUGAGGAGGAAGUGACACAUGUGGUCACUAAAAUAGCAGGAACCACUGGAUAUAUGGCUCCUGAGUAUGCCAUGAGAGGUCACUUAACAAAUAAGGCAGAUGUUUAUAGUUUUGGAGUUGUCACAUUGGAAAUUGUCAGUGGCAAGAACAGUACCAGUUAUCGGCCAAAUGAUGAGAAUGUUUACCUUUUAGAUUUGGCAUAUGUUUUACAACAGAAAGGAAAUCUUGUAGAAUUAGUUGAUCCGUCCUUAGGGUCAGACUACUCCUCAGAGCAAGCAAAUACAAUAUUGGAAUUAGCAAUGUCGUGCACUAACCCAUCCCCAUCACUCAGGCGCCCCAUGUCUGAGGUUGUAAAAAUUCUUGAGGAAAGAGUCUAAGAUAGUUGGUGGUUCACCCAGUGCCCCUUAUUCAAUGGAUGAUUCGGCAAUGGCUGAAGAGAUGGCUGGUUUCUCUCAAUCUGCAGAAUUUGGUAGCACUUCACAAGAAGGGACAUCAAAUGCCAAUAGUUCUUCUCAAGCUGUCAGCAAAGAGGUUGAAAAAUUCCAUACCGUCUGUUGAUUGUUCAGCAGAAAUCACCAGAUGAAUGGCAGUGUUUAGCGAAAGGAGAUAUCUUCAUUUCACUUUUAAUUUGGUUAUUGCAGAAAAAUGGUUGCUAAAACAUAAGGACCUUUUGUGUUGCUUGUUCCUCAAACUUUUGCCUUGGUGUUUAGCUCAUGCAUCUGUUCUUUUCUUGUGGAUUAAUGCUUGAAAAGAUAGUCAUUGUUUGUUAAGACUGCGAAAGACUAGCUAAAUCACAUAAACUUCACAUGCUGUAACUAUUAUUACUGUUAUGAAUUUGAAAAUUGUCUUUGUUAAUUGUAGUGAUGAUUCCAAGCCA